ACACAAGCAUGAAAUAGUUUCAUAGCUAGGUCAUUUGUAAUAUCAUGAGCUCAUGGACAUACAUACAUGUAUGAUGCGAUGGAAUCAUACCUCAAUCGACAUCACAUGUCACUGGUCAGAUUCCUUGCAGAACUUGUUCGUUACAUGUACAGUACUGUAGGACGCUCUCUUGAUCCGAAGCUGCAGUAGGUGUAUCUUUGAGUCUUGAGGAUUAGUACAUCACUUUAGUAUCAUCGCUCAUCAAUGGACAUGAUGUGAUUGAAACAUACUUUGUCUACAUGUAGAUCACAUGUGAUAACUGGUCAGAUUUCUUGCAGAAUUCCUUGAUCAGAUUUGGGUACUGUAGGGCACUCCCUUGAUCCGAAGCUGCAGUAGGUGUAUCUUUGGGUCUUGAGGAUUAGCACAUCACUUGAGUAUCAUCGUUCAUCAAUGGACAAGAUGUAAUUGAAACAUACUUUGUCUACAUGUAGAUCACAUGUGAUAGCUGGGUCAGAUUUCCUGCAGAAUUUCUUGAUCAGAUUUGGGUACAUGUACUGUAGGGUGCUCCCUUGAUCCGAGGCUGCAGUAGGUGUACAUAGUAUCUUUGUGUCUUGAUAACUAGCAAAUCACUGGAGUAUUAUCGUUCUUCAAUGGACAUGCAUAUGAUCGUUCUUCAAUGGACAUGCAUUUGAUGUGACUGAAUUAUUCUUUGUCUAGAUCACAUGCGAUAACUGGUCAGAUUUUUUGCAGAAUUCCUUUUGAUCUGCAUGCUGUAUUUCGUUGGAUGUUCUCGUGAUGUGAAGCUGCAAUAGAUGCAUCUUUGAGGAUUAGCAAAACAUUGGAGUAUCAAUUUUCAUCAAACAUUUGUUAUAUAUUGUUUUAUCUUAUUCUGAUACCUUAAAAACAAUAACCAGUGAAAAUUAUAGAGUUCAUUCAAAGGAAAUUAAAAACUGAUGAAGCAAACAGUUAUGAUCGGAGAGGAAAAAAAAGCACGAAGCAGUGGGAUAUUACCCACCAUUUUGCAACUUAUCCUUAACAGGAAAGCUGGUCGAAACAAAGAGAAAAGUAAGCCCGCCCCAAGCCCGACGGAAGAGCCGAAACUGUACUUAGAUGCUCAGAACGUGAAGGCCCAAAUUAUUGAGUUUGAUAUACGAGAGAUUGUCAGGUUACCGCACGGGCUUGAUAAAAAUGAAUGGCUCUGUACAAAAGCCCUAUCAUUCUUCAACAAUGUAAAUCUACUAUACGGUGUUCUAGCAGGACAGUUCUGUACUAAUGAAAUGUGCCCGAGUAUGAUGGCACCUGGCAAUGUAAUAUAUCAAUGGCAUGAUGAUAAGGGGAAGAAAGUGAAAUGUUCAGCUCCACAGUACAUUGAGUUCUCCAUGGUAUUUGCACAGAAACACAUAGACGAUGAGAGUGUAUUCCCAACCAAAUAUGGCAAUGUCUUCCCCGCAGAGUUUGAGUCAGUGAUCCAGCGGAUACUGCGGCUUCUAUUCCAAGUCCUCGAGCACAUCUACUUCGCCCACUACGAGCAGAUGACAAGACUAGACCUUCACCAUCAUCUCAACACCAUCUUCACCCACAUGGUUCUCUUUGCGCAGGAGUUCAAACUCCUGGAACAGAAGGAGAUCUCGGCAUCGCUUGAAGACCUCAAGGAAGCACUCCACAUUAGCCUCUCACUCUCCUCCAACCCCGCUUCCACCUCGGCGUCAACAACAUCUUCAUCGUCGACCUCGACGGCAUCCAAUUCACAGUCGUCGUCAAACUUAAACACAAAUCCAUGACAAAGAUUUAAUUAAGCGUAAGGUGUGAGGAGUGAUCGUUGGUCGUUGCGGAGGAUGUCUCUUAUGCGGGUCAGUUGGCGCUGACUUGACAAGUCACUGUGCUAGAUUGCCAAAGCCAUAUGAAACUGCUGUAUUUUUUUGUUAAUCCACAAAAGCUGCAUCGGUGUCCUUACUGGGCGCCCUUGUAUCAUUAUUACCAACAGUGAUUACCAGGCCUGCGCGCAUUCAAAUGUAGGUGGAAUGCGAGGUUGAACGUUUUGAAAGAUUGGUCAACAAGCAGUGUACUCCACAUCCUGCAUUAAUCGCUGUAUUUCUCUCCAAUUCUUAGCAGUUACAAACCUCCCAUUUUCCAGGGAUCUCUCUGCUAAUUCCCCUGAUCAAUCCUUAUUCCUGCCCUUGGGAUCCCUCGUUCACUUAGGUAUUUCUUUUUAAAAAAUUCAAUCCUUACUCGCAGUGUGCACCUGUUGUUGGCCUCUCCUGGGUCCUGUGACACAAAAGUUAGUGAUUGAUCGUACGCUUGAUUUUCGCAAUUGAUUGUACAUUGUAAUCAAUGCAAUCAAUUAUGAAAAUAUUCUUCUACGAUGAUUAUUAAACUUUGUGUAACAGGGCACUGAUAGUGAACGUUGGUAGCGCAGGUAAUGGUGUUGAUUUUUACUCGAUUAUAACACAAAACAUAAAAUGAAGAUGGUCCUGAAAAGUCACUCACUAGUUGUUGAGAUGUCAAUUAUGUGAUCUGGAUCAGUUUUACAAACUCCGAAUAAGUUUUGGAGCUAUGUGACGCAGUCCAAAUUUCAACACCAACACCAAGGCCAACACCGGACUUGAAAUCACCCAUUGUGAAACGUACGUUAUAACACCUGACAAGAAGGUCCAUUCUGAAAUAUAUAGCCAGGAGCAAAGGUAUCUUUAAAGGUUGGUGGUGCUAUAUGCUGGGCUUGGGGAAGAUAGUUCGUGCAGGGUUCUUGGUCAGUUGUACCUCUCAGAGUUAUCCAUCAUUCUCUGCACUUGGAAGAAAAGGGAUAGCCUAGGAACUGUGAUAAGAUAAUCACGCCAACAAAACAGACUCUGAACCGACUGAUGGCAUGUCACUGGAAUAACGUAAUAUAUUUAGUCUGUUUGGAGUCGAAUUCGCUAGUGUGACUGUUGCGUUACAGUGUUUUCCGUACUAAGUUAGUAGUAUACUUAAGCAGCAUAUUCCAGAAGUCUGCCAGAAUCUCAGAAGUCUUUGAGAAAUCUUCGAGAUCAAAGGAAGCAGGCCACACUAUAGAAGGAUGGUUGGGCACUUUAUAGUCUGUGUGCUUGGGAACAUUACUUUGUAGUCCAGGGGGGCGUUUCAUGAAAGGACUUGUCGGACGUUUUAUCCGACAAGUCCCAUUUUAUCCGACAGUUACCAUAGUAACAGUACCUCUCAGCCAAUCUACAUCAGAGAAAGAUGUCAGAUCUGACAACUUGUCGGAUGAAAAUGUUGAUGAAACACUCCCCUGAUGGUCAUUUCACAUAGCUGUUCAUAAAGUUACGCAAGUCUGGAACAUGUUCUUAAGUGCCAAGUCAUCGACAAAGGGAUAUGUCAAAGCAUGAGAAAGGAUCACCACUCUUGCGCAAAGUCAUUUGUAACUUGGGAACAGCUCUAUGAAACAAGCGCCAGAGCCCUCUCUCUUUCAGCACUGCAUGAAAGAGCAUACUCUAGGAAGUUGUCAGUAGUGGCUCCACAAGCCCGUUUUUAAGUAAGGCAGGUUAUUGCAAUUUAUUGUUCUGAAUUUGUAAAGUGUGCUUUUUUUUUCUUAAAAAAUACAUUUUGUGAAUAGGGGUUGCCAUUUAUGAGGCAAAAAAAAAUGAAAUCUUUAAUUAGGAUGUACAUGCUUGAUUUUUUUUCUUCUUUAUUUUGCCCUGUAUAGUAUUAAUGGCACGGGGGUAAAAGUGUAAUUUCUCAUGGAAACAAUCAAUAAUUUGAACACUUUGCCAUAGCCAUUCUUGAUCUUUUCAGAGCAAAAAAAAAAAGACCUUGCAGCUUCACAGAAUAUUUUUUGCUGCAUCACAGCCUCUAUAUAUCUGUAGCGCCCUCUGUUGAGCCCAAAGAGACAUCCUUUCCACGAUCCUCUCAGUCCCAUAUGCCGCUUUCUCUGCAAUAGCUGGGUGAUAUAGUGUGUGUAUAUGUGUGUUAUAUCACCUACGUAUAUUCUAUUUAUUUAUUUAAACAUUUAAUUCGGAAGCGGUUGCGAGGUCGGGGAUCGCUUGCAGAAAGAGUUCGACAAUGAGAACGACGCUCCGUCAACCGUCGACAGCCAUCGCCAGGUGCAUCUGACUGACUGAUUGACCUCUGUCAGGGAAUUUGCACUUAAGCCAGGGAAUACUAAUGUUUCUGAUAUUGGUACUAUUGGAAAUUUUCCUUUGUACCAAGUAGUACCAAAAAGUAACUCAUUAUACUCUUGUAGAUAUCAUCAUAGGUGAAGUGCGUGCCGAUGUCUUUUAGGGGUGCUAGACAUCGACCAAGUUCUCAGAGCUCUCCAUGUUCCAAAUAACCCAGCCUAUUGAUGAUUCGAGGUUAGAUCUGUAGACAUUUUGCAGCAUAUUGAAGUGAUCUUGGCAAGAGUACUUUGCCUUGAACAGCGUAUCAAUCACCAAUCAGGUAAUAGGUAACUUAAAUCUAUCCUUAGUUCAUAAAGUAAACUAUUUAUAUGUGAAGAAACUUGUUUGUAUUCUUAUCUAUACAAGUGCUUCAGGAGACAAUGACAUUUGACCCCAGCUGUAGGGUAUCAUUGACAUUUGACCCUACCUGGGAUCUUUCACCUUUAUCAAGGUCAUUGACUUCUGACCCCUGCCAGGAUCACUGACCUUUCUAGUCAGGAUAAUUGACCCUUUAUCUUGAGCCAGGGAUGACUCAUAUUUCACCACAGUCUAGAUCAUUGUCCUCAUCCAGGGUUCAUUCAUCUUGGACCCCUACUAGGCUUUAUUGACCUUUGACACCAGUCAGGGAUGAAAGGGCAAGGUCCCUGGAAUUCUAGUCAUUUUGGACUAUGCCCUUCCAGAAUUUAUGAAUUACAGUUAAAGGGGAAUCCAACCCAAAUAAAAACUUGUUUUUAUAAGGAAAAGAAAAAUCAGACAAGUUGGUAGGUGAAAGUUUGAACAAUAUUGGACAAACAACAAGAAAGUUAUGAAUUUUUAAAAGUUGUAAAUAUUGGUAAUCACUAUAUCCAUGGAGACUUCAAAUUGGCCGCAUAUGGGAUGUCAUAGUGAUGUAAGGCAAGGACUACUCUUCCAUGUACUCCAAUACAUAUUAUGGCUAAAAUGUCAUUUUUCCCAAAAGUUUUAUUUCAAAUUGUAUUUUUCUUUCAUGAGGACAUGAAACAAUAUACUACCUGGGCUAUAUUUAGAUUACUGCCCCAGGGGAAUGGGUACUUAGGAGAAAACCACAAAUCCCUGAUAAUAAAGUACAUGGCCUAUGGGAAAGUUGUCCUUGCCCCUUGUCAUAAUUUACUUACUCAUUUGCCAAUUUGAAAUCUACAUAGUAUUAGUGAUCUCAAUUUUAAAGCCGCUAUAACUUUCUUAUUGCUUGUCCAAUUUCUUUCAAACUUUCACCAUUCUGUUUAAUUUAUUUUUCUCCUUCCCACCACAACAUUUUAUGGCCAAGGCUGGAUUCCCCUUUAAACAUAAUGCUGCAUAUUGUAUGAGCUUUUUGAGGUCUUUCUGUAGCUCCCUGGCUAGUUGCAAGUGGCCCUAUACAUGUACAUCAGGACAGUCUAUUUUUAAGUGUGCAUGAGGCAAGAUCAAGUUAGUCUGCUGGCACAGACCCUAUAUGAUGCUUAAAUUCUCAAGUGGGUCUAGGGUGAAGUCUAAGAAAAAUUCGAAUUUGCUGUGUCGACUCAGGGUUGGAACAGCUACAGUACAUAAUCUCCAUUCCUCUCUUCUAGUCUUCAAUCUCAGACCUACGCAGCAUGAUUCCAAAAAACCAGGGAAUUGGACUUGCAAACAUAAGGUCAGGUCACAGAUAUAUUAGAGGUUGGAUACUCUCCUAGUGCAUGCAAAGACAGAAUUCUGCCAGAAUUAUUCAAGGAUAUAAUGUAGGACAUAUAGGUUAUGUUGUCUAUUUUUGUAGUGCUGUUAGAACCUGUACCACUUGAUCUGGUCGAGAUAUGGUCUAAAAAUUUUGAGCCAUUUUAA